AGUGUCUCGCGCGCUCAGCGCAGCAGCAGCAGCAGCACUGGGACUGGUCCGCGCGCGCCGCUGCAGCUCCACUUCACACAGCGCGCGCUCCGUUUCUUCUCCUCGCGCUCUUUUUUUCCUCGCGCUCUUCUACUGCUGCACUUUAUUCCUCAUCCUCGAGCGGGACACACGCGCUCACACACACCACACAUACACACACACACACACAUUUACACAUACACACUGCAAACAUGAUGUCCAUGAACAGUAAGCAGCACUUCAUGCACGCGAGCCUGCCCGAGCACAAGUACACCACCCUGCACUCGAGCUCGGAGGCCAUCCGGAGAGCGUGCCUGCAGACUCCACAGUUGCAGAGUAACAUCUUCGCCAGUCUAGAUGAGACGUUACUGGCCCGUGCCGAGGCCCUGGCCGCAGUGGACAUUGCUGUGUCGCAGGGCAAGUCCCAUGGCCCCUUCAAGCCGGACGCCACAUACCACACCAUGAACAGCGUGCCAUGCUCGUCUGCGUCCACCGUGCCUCUCGGGCACCAUCAUCACCACCACCACCAUCACCACCAUCUUCCUCACGCGCAGAGCUUAGACCCACCGGACCUCAUGGAGCACAUUGGUUCCCCAGGUUUGACCCUGAUGCCCAGUGGGCACGAAGGAGCAGGUAGUGGCGGGGGAGGCGGUGGCGGGGGUGGAGGAGGUGCCAGUUUGAUUUCUACUCCGGCUCACCCGCACUCCCACAUGCACGGCCUGAGCCACCUCUCGCACCAGGCCGCCAUGGGCAUGACCUCACCUCUUGGGCAUCAUGGCCUUCUGCCUGGGCAUCACCCUGUGGGCUCGGCGGGCACCGGAGUGCCACAGGGUGGCCCUGGACUUCCUGGCAGUGGCCUUCCUACCAUAACCGACUCAGACACUGACCCCAGAGAACUGGAGGCCUUUGCAGAACGCUUCAAACAGCGGCGGAUCAAGCUAGGGGUAACUCAGGCUGAUGUGGGAGGUGCCCUCGCCAACCUCAAGAUACCAGGCGUGGGCUCACUGAGCCAGAGUACCAUCUGCAGGUUUGAGUCCCUCACUCUAUCCCACAACAACAUGAUCGCCCUCAAGCCCAUCCUGCAGGCCUGGCUGGAGGAGGCGGAGGGAGCACAGCGAGAAAAAAUGAGCAAACCUGAGAUUUUCAAUGGUGGGGAGAAAAAACGGAAGAGGACGUCCAUAGCAGCUCCUGAGAAACGGUCACUGGAGGCGUACUUUGCAGUCCAGCCAAGGCCGUCAUCCGAGAAAAUAGCGGCCAUUGCAGAAAAGCUAGACUUGAAAAAGAAUGUGGUGAGGGUUUGGUUUUGCAACCAAAGACAGAAACAAAAGAGGCUGAAAUUUUCAGCUGCUCACUGAUGAACUGAACAAAACACACACACACACACACACACAUAAACACACACACUGACAUUCACUCACAUUAACACACAUAAAUAAACACAGAGUGAAGUGAUGCUUUGAACUGAGUUGAUUUAAAUGAGUACUCCAUUACCACUUGAAUUAAAUACACUCUUUGCCUUAAUAUAUCAGUUCAUUGCACCUUUAUUAUUAGUUACAAUAUGUUUUUACUGUUAUUAUUAAUAUGUCAUUAUUAUAAUAUAUUAUUUGAAGUUCGUUGAAAUCCACUCUUCAGUGUAGCUGGCAUUUUUACUUCCACUACACAUCUGCUCACCUUUGCAUACAGGAGCUGUUCUUUUCACAUGGAUGAAACACGUGGAUGUACACAUUUGAAUUAUGUCAGUUCAAUGACUUCACUUUAUGUCAGUGUAAACACAUGAACACACACAAAACAAAAACACACAUCCUUCCUUCCUGCCUGCCUGAGUUUGAUUGGGGACCAAAAGGAGGACGCAGGGCGUUUUGAACUGGACGAUUUUUUUUGUCCUUCACGUCCCCUCUUGCUGGUGAAUGUGACGUAUGCAAAUCCACCGCAGGUAAACUCACUACAGGUGAUGCGAGGAGGAGGAGAACUUUAACUGAACGAACUUAAAACAGACAGAAAGAAAAACAUACAAAAAACUGUCCUUCACAUCUCAGCAAUGCCUUUUAUUCCAAACCCAAUCGAACAGAUGCAGGGUUGGGUUGAAAUUAUUUAUUUAUUUAAUUUUAUUUAUUUAUUUAUUUAUGUAUUUAAUUUUCUCCCCGACGACAUUUUUUUUGUGUUUUCCUUUUGAAGUGAUGAAAUAGCCAUUGAAGGAUUACCUCAUGCUUUAAAACUCUCCUGUCUUGUUCUCCCUCGUCAUUAAUCGACCUAUGGCAUUCGAUUGAUUCAUUUGUGUAUUUGUUUCGUCUGUAAUGGGGAUUUCAUUGAUCUGUCACGCGCAGAUCGCAUCCAUCAGCGUCUGAACUGACCAAAUGUUCUCAUGCAGUGUUUUAAACGUUUUUAUCAGCGAGCGAGAGCGAGAACGACAGAGAGAGAGAGAGAGAGAGAGAACGAAAGAGAGAGAGAAUGUGAAAUUUUGAGAGAGAACGAGAGAGAGAAUGCGUUUGUUUUCAGUCAGAAUUUUAAAGGUGGCAGCCACCUCCUGUAUUUGAUUAAAUGAUUUAAAAUUGCACUGAAAUCUAUUAUUUAAUAUUGUUAUUAUAUUUUAUUUUAUUUAUUUGUUUGUCUGUUACAAUUAUACCAUACAAAUAAUCUAAUUUUUUCAAAGUCUGUUAUUAUUAUUAUUAUUAUUAUUAUUAUUAUUAUUAUUAUUAUUAUUAUUAUUAUUAUCAUUUAGGUUGUUUAGAUAUAUUGAAAUGCUUUUGUAUGUAUAUAUCAGUACGAAUGACAUUUUUGCUCUCACCGUGCAUAAAUCGAUUUAAUCCCAGUUAUUUUGCAAAUCAGGAUUGAAUGUGUUAUUGGGUUUAUAUACAAGAGUUUUAGCGCGCAUGCGUCGAUCAUCAAACGUCUGAAAGGAGAAAUGGAGCGGAGAGAUUUAUACGGAGAUUUACGUCUUUUCUGUACUUUUUGGUUUGCAGUGCAAACACUAUGCAUUCAAUGAGGAGCACUACUAAACCCCACUAUCACACAAUCACACACGCGCACACAAACUCACUCACUCACGCACGCACACACUCACUCACCCACUGCGCUGUUUGUCGUGUUACUGUUCGGAAAAAAACAACGAAAAAAAUCCUACAAAAACGAUGUUGUGUAAGUAGUCAUUUAUUUUGUGCACACGUAUGUUUACAUGCAGCCGCCGCGUGCAUCGUGUGACGUCACUCGUACCUGUGCACCUGUCCGGCUCGGAGUCUGUCUCACCUGCGCGCAUGCGCACUUCCUCCCUGUGUGUGUCCCUCUGUCCAUCUUCCUUCUCUGUUCUGUAAGCCAAACCCAGCGGACACAGCCUGGGGUCUUCUAAUAAAGCAGAAAAAACACA